UGACUUAAGGGGCAAGAGAUCUUCUUCUCUAGCUCCAAAUCACGCACGACUCUAAGGUGCGCAACCCUCCGGCUUAAGGCGCACGCGAUCUUCUUCUCCGGCAUUCUUUCCACGAUCCACCGAACAAGCUUAAGCUCAGGAUGAGGUGGGAAGAUAAAUUUCAGAUGAUAACGUGAUUAAUGAUGCAAGCUGCGAAGAAGAUAGUUCAUUCGACGAAGAGGACCUAAUCAAGGGUCUCAAAUUCCAACCAAUAUUGAUGGACGGACUAAAAUAAAUGUGGUUAUGAAUAAAUUUGUCGAAAAUGAAGUUCCUCGUGAAAUUACAAAUGAUAUCAAAGGAGUGAUUAAAGGAGUAUGGCCAACGUGGAAAAAGGUGCCUAGUGAUAUUAAAGAUUUACUUUGGGAAAAUUUUAAGUUGAGAUAUAAUUGGGAUAAUUUUACCGACAGAGAAAUGAAAAAGGUAUGGAAUGAAAAUUCAAGUGAGAGAUACAGGGCAUCCAUUCAUUUGGCUAAGAAAGCAACAUUAUCAUCUGCACAAGAAGAUUUAGGAAGAAAACCAGACAUAUUAGAUAUCAUAGGUAGAGGACCUGAUUGGAUGGAAGCUAAUAUAUGGAAUGACUUGGUUAAAAUUCAUUGGAAUAAACCAGAUCACAAGAUCAAAUGUGAAAUUGCACGGAAGAAUAAAAUGACAGCGAAGGAUGGGUCUACUAUCAAACAUACUGGGAGUUCAAUUUCUUUUGUAGCACACCGUGAGAGAAUGAAAAAAGAUUUGGGACGAGAUGUGGAUGAAUUUGAGGUUUUUGAACGAAUGCAUAAAAGAAAGUAAGGUACUGGAGAGUUUGUGGAUAACAAAUCGGUUGUUAGUGAACAAUAUAAAGAGAGACAAAAUGUUGAUGAUCAGUCUACUCGACCUUCAUUCAAUCUCAAAUCAUGGUGUGAUGUGGUGGGUGAUCCAUGUAAGAGGAGGGUGUACGGAUUUGGACGCAAUCAACAUUUUAGAAGAUCAUGCAUUGGAAGUUCCAAUGAAAUGUGCUCUCAUGAGAAGAACAAUGAAUUAUCUCAAGAAAUUGAAGACAUACGUGCUAUUAGCAAGAGGAUGGAGGAAGAAAUUACUGAAAGCAAAAAUAAAUUGGAACUCAUUAUCAAAGAAAAUAGACAGAGGGAAGAACAACUUAU